AUGUUAGUUGCGGAAGGGUUCCAGGAAGCAAGAACAUUAGCUCGCAAGUUCAUCACUCUAUAUACUUUGUGUAAAGAAUUGCUUUCAAAACAAGAUCAUUAUGACUGGGGUUUGAGAGCAAUUAAAUCUGUGUUGGUCGUCGCUGGUUCAUUAAAGCGUGGGGAUCCUGGAAGAGCUGAGGAGCAAGUGUUGAUGAGAGCUUUAAGAGACUUCAAUAUUCCUAAAAUAGUAUCGGAUGAUGUCCCUGUUUUUAUGGGACUUAUAGGAGAUUUAUUUCCUGCAUUAGAUGUUCCAAGGAAGAGAGACUUAGAAUUUGAAAGAACAGUGAAACAAGCAGCAGCUGAAUUAAAUCUACAGCCCGAAGAUAAUUUUAUUUUGAAAGUAGUUCAACUGGAAGAAUUAUUGGAAGUACGCCACUCAGUAUUUGUUGUGGGCACUGCUGGAGCUGGAAAAACUCAAGUGUGGAAAACCUUGUUUAGAGCUUACAAAAAUAUGAAACGCAAGCCAGUUUUUGAUGAUUUAAAUCCUAAGGCAGUUACUAAUGAUGAAUUGUUUGGGAUUAUUAAUCCCAGUACCAGAGAAUGGAAAGAUGGUUAG